AUGCAUGAGGUCAACGCGAAGUGCGCGCGCGAGGCUCGAGGUACGAGCCAUGAGGCUAUCUAUCGCGUCGGUGUAAACACAACACGUCGCCGAUUUGGGAUCGUGGCGCUGGACUUGAGAUCUUCUAUCACUGCCUUGUAUAAGGCGUUCUCACCAUGGCUUCCUUGGAACUCAGGGGGCGACCCCGCUGUCGUCGUUGGUGGAAGCACCACAGAUGGACUCUUGGCCAUCGACGUAGAACAGGGCCUGCCAGUGCAUGAUCAUCUUGCGGUUCCGCAAUGGACAUCUCGAGCGGGGGAUUCCUACCAACCGAGUGGGAGUACGACGGCCGCGGCCUCAAUUGUAACAUCGAAUGCUCAUGACGCGCCGGGAGACAAGACCGAAGGCGACCCGCAUGACAAGGCAGAGGGAGACCCGCAUAACAGGGUCGAGGGAGCCCCGCGCGACAAGGUCGAGGGAGACCUGCACGAUAGGGUUGAGGAAGACCUGCGCGACAGGAUCGAGGAAGUCGCGCGUGACAGGAUCGAGGAAGUCGUGCGCGACGGGGUCGAGGAAGUCGUGCGCGACAGGGUUGAGGGAGACCUGCAUAACAAGCUUGAUAGUGAGCAGGAUAAAUCCGAUACCAAGCAGGAAGAUAGCAAGUUCACCCCCGCCCCAGUUUCCACGGGAUUGCGGGACCUCUGGAGCAUUUGUGCUGAGAAGGUCUGGCAUCACGAGGAGAACGUCGUGAGGAAGUGGAAGGAUAACAUCUCCACCCUGCUCGUUUUCGUAAGCUUUAUCGUCGCAUUCUACCCGAUGCUCCGUCCCGAUCCCCAGACUGAAGUCCUUCUCAUCAUCUCGGCGCAGCUAGGCGCAGGAUCGUACAAGUUGACGGACCAGCAGCAGGCAUCGCUGAACGAUGCUGCCGCUACCGGAAUCGCAUCGUCGUCGACCAAAUUCACCAGUUCGAUGUGGUUCGCGUCGAUGAUCUGUGGUAUCAGCACUGCCUCGGUCGCCAUUGCCGUCGGACAGUGGCUACAUCAUCACCUCGAUCGCCCAUCAGUUAUGUCGCAGAAGAGCGUACAGACCUGGUGGUAUCGUCACCAGGCACUCAAGAAGUGGCAAGUCCACCUUAUCAUCGAUGCUCUGUCCUUCAUGCUGCAGCUCUCCAUGGUCCUGUUCAUCGUUGGUCUCUUACGGCAAUUGUGGACAUUAAACCUGACCGUCGCCGCCGUUUCCACAACCAUGUUCGUGCUAUUCGUGGCGCCGACGAUCAUCAGCGUUUUUGUCCCUGCCUUCGCUCCGGAUUGCCCUUAUAAGUCACGCACCGCUUGGCUAAUCUUCUGGAUCUUUCGAUCUAUAUGGCAAGCGCAAUGGUACGUCAAGGCGAGGAAAGUCGCCAACUGGCGAGAGUUUGAAGAUUACUCGAUGCGUACCGUCACGCCCACAGAAGGCAGUCAAAAGGAUAUUAUGAUACUUGCCGCCGCGGAUGAAGUCAUUAUGGACGAAGAGCUCCUGACCGCAGUAGUCCAGCCUUGGAUCCAGCAAAAUCGUUUCGACACCACUUUUCCAGUAUUGUGUCGCAUCUUGGAGCAUAGAGCCCACGAAAUUGACCCAAGACCCGAUGCGCCCUGGCCGCAGCUCAAAUGGACCUCCGUCAGACAAGAUUCCGCCGCGAUCAUCGCAAUGGCGAUGCUAUGCGUACACCUUCUUUCUAAUAAAAAAGACUUUCCGUCUGGUGACGCGAAAGUGAGCCGUAUCAUGGACCAUCUCUUACACCUUGUUCAUGUCAUGCCGCUCACUGACGCGGCAAUCGAGGUCUGCGAACAAGCAACCAAUGUCCUUAGUAGGAUCCCCCAAUCUUGGGGCUAUGGCAUCCAGCAAAAACAACUCAUUCCAGUGUUGAUUGAACUCGCCCCAGAUGCAGACGGGUGCUUUUUGGAGUAUGUUGUGCCAACAUGGAUAGAAAAGAUCGAUCCCAAGGAGGUGGCGACGGCGCUCACUAUUGUGCAGCUGUUGCGAGACAAUAAACAUUUGAAAGAGGGUCACGCAGACCACGCCAUGGCGAAAAUAAUCCUGACUCUUUCCGCUAAGGCCGAACAUGGACCCGUUCAAUUGCUUCUUCUGGAUGAACUCAGAGUGUCUCUGAAGGGCAUGCCGAUGAGAAAGCAGCCUGAUGCAUACUGCGCACUCAUCAAGACAAUAAUAGUAGGCGGCGCGCUCCUUAAGGAAGAGCGGGAGAAACGCAUAGAUAUUGCUUAUACUUUCAAGUAUAAGUUCCCAGUGGGCGUCGACGAUGUGAAAGCAUUGCUCUUGCUCUUGUCUCCGGAUAGCGAGCUCAAGGUCACAGACAUGCUCAAGCUGUCAUCGACAGCGUUCAAUCUCGCUAGGGGUCUCUCUCCUUCCGAAGCUGUCGACGUUGUUCCUGCUGUGUAUGCAGCGAUCACUGCCGUAUCCGAAUACCUCGGUCUGCCCGAUACACACUUCACUCAGCGCAAGCUCCAGGAGUCAAAUGCGGUGAUAUUGUUCGAUUCUCUUUUCAGAGCGAUAGAUGGACUUUUCAGGACUCAUAGUCGCUUGGUAAAUCAAGAGGUUGUCGACUCAUUCGCGACUCUUAGUGGUGUGCCUGGUUCGGAACUAUUCCUCCAGCAGUCGGACAAAGAAAGGUGCAGUGCCAAGACAUCGGCCAUAAAAAGGCUCGAGAAUAUGCGUGAGCGCUUGGCGCAGAACCACAAUUGUCCAGCUUACCAGACGUCUAUCGGUGAACCAACUAUCGCGGAGAGAUAUCCUGAGGGCGAUGUAUGGAGGAGCAGUGUCGCGAACGCCAGAGGCUACGCGCUGCUUGGGUUUGAAGUCUCAAAGGGUAGAAGGGCGUUUCUGGUGACCUCCGACGCAAUGCGUGGCGAGAUCACAGGAUCAACUCCUCAUAAAGAAGCUCCGGAACAGCAUAAACGCUCCAAAAAGUAA